AUGCAAAGAGACAACUUCGUGGAAGCCGAAGAUGCAUACAGGAGAGCUUUAUCGAUCGCACCGGACAACAACAAGAUGUGUAACCUAGGAAUCUGUCUUAUGAAGCAAGGAAGGAUCGAUGAAGCUAAAGAGACUUUAAGACGUGUGAAGCCUGCGGUGGUUGAUGGUCCUAGAGGAGUGGAUUUCUAA